CUUAACCAAUCUCGAAUUGAUUACUGACUGUUGUUUUCUCUCCGAGUUCCUUGAAAACGCUGAUAAUCUUGAAAUCCUUAUUCUCUCGAAGGUUCGCAACGAAACAAAAGGAUGGACGGAACCCCAACAAGUGCCAACAUGCCUAUUAUCUCAUCUUAGAACUAUAAAGAUUGUUAACUUCGUAGGUAAAGAUUACGUGUUUGAGAUUAUUAGAUAUCUUUUGAGGAAUGCUCAAGUCUUGGAGAGGAUGGAAAUAGCAUACGGCUCAUCCCUUAGUUCCGAUGAAAAGAUUUAUGUGCUCGAGGAAAUCUCACGUUUUCAAAGAGGAUCCAAGGAAUGUGAGGUUGUUUUCAUUUCUAAAUGAGAACGAGUUCUGCUCUGGGGAUAGCUAUAACGUAGUCGAGGGGGAACAAAAAUUACUGUUUUUUUUGGUGAAAAGUGAAAGAAAUCGGGGUGUUGGGAUCGAAGUUGCAGUUUCAGGGGGUACAAAUGCAGGGGCAAGUUCAGAGAAGGCUGCUUUUUGAAGGUCUUAUGGAUAAUAUGGUGAUCACUAUUGAUAACGAUAGACUCAGCGAGUUGCCAGACUCACUCCUAACUCACAUCCUCUCUUUUCUGCCGACGAAACUCUCCGUAAGAAGCAGCAUUCUCGCCAGAAGAUGGAGGUUUCUCUGGACUCAAGUCCCCACUCUAGAUUUCGACAAGGAAGACGAGGACUUCAUCCCCAGCUUUAUCUCACUACAUAAAUUGCCAACCAUCAAUACUUUUCGCCUCACUGCAAAGGAAAACUACAACUUUAGGUAUUUCAACGACGCGUGGAUCAAAGCUGUCAUUGAUCGCAAAGUCAAAAACAUCGAUCUUUCUGCCUUCAAAGCUAUCUUGUUGCCUGCGCUCCUCUUUACCUGCAAAACCCUAGUUGAUUUUAGGCUAGACUUUUACUUUGUAGUACCCGGUACGGGAUGCAACGUGUGUUUGCCUUGCCUGAAGAUUCUUCAUAUAAACUCCGUUAUAUACAAGGAUGUCGAUGAAACCCUAGUGCACUUGCUAUCGGGUUGUCCGGUGCUCGAGGAGUUGGUAAUCGGAUUAGUAACUCAUCAUAAUUUGGUUCCUUGUAAUAUAUCUUCGGCCACAUUGAAGAGACUCACUGUACAUUUUACGUUCUUCAGUCACGUUACUUUGUUCUACAAACAUCACUACAAAGUAGAGAUAAAUACCCCGGCACUUGAAUACCUUCGUCUAGUUGAUUGUUUAUCCGAGCAUAUCAAAUGUGGGGCAUUGGCCUCGUUAACUGAAGCAGAUGUUUAUCUUCACAACACUUACAAGAAGCAAGACGAUUCGCGUUAUUCUCAAUCUGUGUUGGAGUUUGUUGAUAGGCUCUCCAAUGUCAAGUACUUGAAGUUAGAUUUGUCGUAUUAUUAUUGA